AUUAUCAUCAUUUCAAUCCAUUCAUUCGCUUUAAAUAAUCAAUAUAAUGCUGAUUCUACUAUUUUUAAAACUUCUAGUGGUACAAUUCACAUUAUAUUCUCCUAUUCCUAAAGUUAACAUCAAAGUAUCAAACCCUCUUGAUUAUGUUGAUUUAUUUUAUGGUACAGAGGCCGGUGGUCAUAUGUUUCCUGGUGUAACUCGACCAUUUGGUAUGGCCAAAGUUGGAAUUGAUGUGGUUGGAGAUGGUGAUGCAUAUUCUGGUUUUGCACCUCAUGGUCAUGUUAAUGGGAUUUCAAUGAUGCAUGAAUCAGGUACUGGUGGAGCUCCAGAAUAUGGUGUGGUUUCUCAAUUACCUUUUCAACUGAACUUUGAUAUAAGAAAUUUACCCAGUUUAACUCGUCAAGGUCAUGAUAUUGCUCAAGUUGGAUAUUAUAAUUUUAAUUCAACUGAUAAUAUCAUUGUUGAAUUCAGUGGAGCUGAGAAAUCAGGUAUUUUUAAAUAUACUUUCCCUCCUGAAUCAACUAAUCCUCAAGUGUUAAUUGAUGUAUGUCAUCAUUUAGCAGCUCCUGGAAGACCUCAAUGGACGCAAUAUUUCGUUAAUGGAUCCAUCGAAUCAAAUAAAGAUUUAUCAGGUUAUACAGGUUAUACCACUAUAAAAGGAGGAUGGGGAGGACAAACACCAUGGAGGAUUUAUUUUUGUGGGAAAUUUAAUAAUCCUGCCAUUUCAAUCAUAAGUUUUGAAAAUAAACAUGUUGAACCAAAUAAAUUAUCAAGUUCAACCAAUCGUCAAAAUGAACCCAUGGGAUUAGUAUAUACUUUCAAUCAAUCACAAUCUAUUAUAGAAAGUAAAGUGGGGAUCUCAUACAUAUCAACCGAAAGAGCAUGUCAACAUUUGAAUAAUGAAUUAGGUGAACCCGAUGAAUAUGAUUUAAUGUCAGUUGUGAAUGAAACUCAACAAAUUUGGUUAGAUGAAGUAUUUGAUAAAGUUUCCAUAAGUGAUACUAAUUCAACUUUAACUUCAUUUAUUUAUACAUCAUUAUAUGGAAGUCAUUUAAUGCCUACCAAUAAAACAGGGGAAAAUCCUUAUUGGGCUGAAAAUUACGUGGAAGAAGGUAAUCCUGUCCCUACUUAUUAUGAUGAUUGGUUUACAUUAUGGGAUACAUUCCGAACCAUGAAUCCAUUAAUCAAUAUUUUGAAUCCAAUAAGAGGUCUGGAAUUGAUUAAUAGUUUGAUUGAGAUUUAUAAACAUGAUGGAUUCACCCCCGAUGGAAGAUCAGCUAAUCAAAAUGGUAGGACUCAAGGUGGAUCUAAUUCCGAUAUAAUCAUUGCUGAUGCAUUCGUAAAGAACAUAACGGGGGUGAAUUGGUCAGAUGCAUUUGAUGCCAUGGUUCAAAAUGCUGAAGUUGUACCUCCUUAUUGGCGAGAUAAUUUUGCUCCUGAUUCAUCUACAAAACAAGGUAGAGGAGCCUUACCGGACUGGUUAACCUACGGAUAUAUCACUCGAAACUUCUCUCGAUCAGUAUCGAGAACGAUGGAAUAUAGUUAUGAUGAUUUCGCUUUAAGUGUGGUUGCGAAAGGAUUAGGUAAUGAUACCGCGUAUGAGAAAUAUUUACGUCGAUCAUCAAAUUGGCAAAAUAUUUGGAAUUUCGAUAAAGAUAUUUCGAUUAAUUCAUAUAAGGGUUUUAUCCAACCUAAGAAAUCUACCGGUGAAUUCGAUUAUCAUAAUUAUGAUCCAUUAUCAUGUGGAGGAUGUUAUUGGAAUGAUGAUGAAUAUGAGGGGAAACCAAUUGAAUAUGGAUGGACGGUACCAUUUGAUAUGACGACAUUAAUUUCAUUCAUUGGAUCAAAUGAAACUUUCAUCACUCGUUUGAAUGAUAUGUAUGCUUUACAUGGUCAUAACCCCCAGAUUGUCGAUGUUGGAAAUGAACCCAGUUUCACUACCCCAUUCCUUUAUAACUACGUCAAUCAACAAUAUCGUAGUGUGGAAUUAAUUCGAUAUAUCGUUGAUCGUCAUUUCGGACUAGGGGCUAAGGGGUUACCAGGGAAUUCCGAUCUGGGAGCCAUGCAAUCAUGGUUAUUCUUUUCUCUUAUGGGAUUAUAUCCUAUAGCAGGGACCACCACUUAUCUUAUCACUUCCCCUUUCUUACCUUAUUUAUCGAUAAAUUUACCCAAUACGAAUAAACCAUUGGAAUUAAUUGCGACAAAUUUAACCGAAACUAAUAUUUACAUAUCGGAAUUAUAUGUGAAUGGAGAAAUAUAUACUCAGAAUUGGAUCGAUCAUCAUACAUUGUUUGAUAUAGAAGGAUGUCUUAUUGAAUUUGAAUUAAGUGAUAUUCCAUCAAUUUGGGAAUUAGGUGAUGAACCUCCCAGUCCAGGACAUUUUAAACGAUGA